AGUACCGUAGAAACAGUGACCGGCUUCUUGUUUGUUCUGGACCGGGAUAGCCUUUAUCUACGCGUGACUUAAUUUCAAGCGAUAUUGCGCUUACAGUACUUAACGGAGUACGUAACGUAGUACUUGACGCUAAACGGAUCGAGACUUUACUGAAUUGGUCAGUACUUCACAUCAAACAGAAAAGAACGUACUGAACUGGUCAGUACUUAACGUUACAGAGGAGACCGUACUGAACUGAUCAGUACUUAACGAAAGAGGAAUUGUCAUUGAAGAAAAUCCCGUACUGAACUGGUCAGUACUCAACGGAGUACUUAACGAAAGAGGAAUUGUCAUUGAAGAAAAUCCCGUACUGAAUUGGUCAGUACUUAACGCUAAACGGAUCGAGACCGUACUGAGUUGGUCAGUACUCAACGUCUAAUAGGAAAAUCCCGUACUGAACUGGUCAGUACUGAGCGUUCAUCGAGAAGAAACUGUGGUGAAUUGGCAGCACGCAACGUUGUUGACAAUACAUUGUCUUUGGAACAAUGCAAACCAGAUCAGGGAAUCAAAUUUCGGAGCAGCAGUCGGAGAGUCAGCAAGUCCCCGUUCGUAUAAAUGAUCAUGUUGGUAAUCUUUCGUGCCCCGGCUCUCAUGUCAGUAGUUCGAAAUUAUUAUUAUCGCGAGUAACUAGUGCUAAGUCGUUGCUACUAAGGGCUCAGCUAAAAGAGAAACAGCUUCGAGAGGAGUUAGAGUUAGAGAAAAAGUUGCUAAAGGCUAGACAUGAUGUCGAAAUGGCCGAGCUGCAUGUGAAGUUAGCCGAGGACGACGAACGGAAAACUCAUGGAAAUACGAUAAGAGGCACUGUCAAUUACGCUCGAAUCAGCGAAGACAGUAUCAAAGACGACAUCAGAAGUCUACAUCAAGCUGAGCUUAAGGAUACUGAAGAAAACGAAGACUCAUUUUCUAUUGAAGAUCGUAAGGCAAUCGAGUUUGUUACUCAAAGCACCGUCUUAGAAAAGGCGCAUUACAUUAUUCCCUUGCCAUGGGAAGAUCCAACAAAGGUAACAGACAAUAAUUAUGUAGUCGUCAUAAAGCCGUUACUCAAUCUGAAACAGAGGUUAUCGUGUGACAAGAACCUUUUAGCACGAUAUGUGGAUGGGAUAAAUACGAUGUCAAAAAAUGGUUAUGCCCUUCCGGUACCAACAGAGCAGCUAGCAGCGAACUAUCGUUCGAGGUGUUAUCUUCCACAUCAUCCCGUUAUGAAGCAGAAAAAGCCAGAUAAACUGAGAUUAGUUAUAGAUUGCGCCGGAACCUUUAGAGGUUAUUCUUUGAACGAUAAGCUAUAUCAAGGACCUGAUACGAUUGCCGAGCUUGUUGGUGCUCUGUUGCGCUUUCGAGAAAAGCCUAUUGGUGUGGUCGCGGACAUAGCUGAUAUGUUUAUGCAAGUGAAGGUGCCAGUAGACGAUCGAGGAGCAUUACGAUUUCUGUGGUGGCAAGAUGGUUGGCUAGGCGUUGGCCGCGAGGAGUUAUUGCGGAAUGCGAGCAAUCCGCGGACGAACUUGUCAGAACGGUUACAAUAAGAAAGAGAAACGGCGAGGUGAAGCGCGAUAUACGUAAGAUAUGCCUACUAGAGGGAAGUCAUUUGUAAGAGAGCCGGGCACGAGGGUUAUUCUGUAUAACAUGAUUCAUAAAAUCCUAGUCGGAUUUUGGGGGCCGGUGUAAGAUCAAUUCUAUCCCCAUCCUUGAAUCAAGUCAACCUGUCCCGGAUCAGCCUAGAGUUGUUGCAACCCAAUUAUCCAUGCCUAACGUGUCUAUCCCUGCUUGUUUAAUGAACUGUGUGUAUGUGUUUUUACCUCGAUCCGUUUAGUCAGACAGUUGAACUCAUGGCCCAAUCAGAGUAUUUUGUGAACUGUUAUUUUUGCUGACCCAUGUCUAACUUUGUACUAUUCUGUCGAGUUUAUCUUAUUUAUUGAUUUUCAUCUGUAUUUUCCUACCUGGUUAAGUAGCCAAUUAAAUUCUAUCUUUGUGCCUAUGCUCGGUCUAUCUCUCUUAAACGCUCUCUGUUUUAUGCCAUGCCUUACUUGGGUUCAUUCUUCUACUGACUGCUUACCUGAACGGUCGUGUCUGGUUCCGGCUAGUUCGCAAUUUUGACUUUAACGUUAUUCCGCUCUGAUAGCGGUACCUUGCUUUCUGUUAAGCGUUGUGCUUUGUACUCUUGAAACCGUUAAGGUUUGUUGUAUAUAUAAUUAUUGAUUUGUUUAUUAAUAGUACCGUAGAAACAGUGACCGGCUUCUUGUUUGUUCUGGACCGGGAUAGCCUUUAUCUACGCGUGACUUAAUUUCAAGCGAUAUUGCGCUUACA